AAAUCAGACCCAUAUCCCUCUUCCCCUUCCCCUUACCCUCGUUCUCUGUCUCUCUCCAUUUUUCAUUCCCUUUUCUUCCUUCCUAAAAUUUCCAUUCCCUUCUCUCUAUCUCUCCCAAAGCUUCGCACCCAUCACCGCCCUGAUCACCCACCACAGACCCAAGCUAUAUAAUUCUGCAACAACAUCAACCCACGAAGAUGUCCGAAUGGGUUAAAGAGAAUGAGAAUAACCACUAGAGACAGCCACCCCAAAGAACCCAUCACCAUCAUACCAAUCCCGAGUCAUGAGACCGAUUCAACCCCCACCACCCACCAACACCACCAAUCGCCCUCGCCGGAGACCAGACUUAACCCUCCCCCUUCCCCAACGCGACCCUUCCUUCGCUGUCCCUCUCCCUCUUCCCCCCGCCGCCACCACCACAACCUCCUUCUCCACCACCCAACCACCACCAGCGCCCUUGAGUUACAACGAACUCGAUCGAGUCAACCGCAUCGGAAGCGGCAGCGGUGGCACCGUCUACAAAGUCCGUCACAGACCUACAGGUCGUCUCUACGCCCUCAAAGUCAUCUAUGGCAACCAUGAAGACUCUGUUCGCCGCCAGAUCUGUCGCGAGAUCGAGAUCCUCAGAACCGUUGACAACCCUAACGUCGUCAAGUGCCAUGGGAUGUUCGAUUACGCCGGCGAAAUCCAAGUCGUCCUUGAACACAUGGAUGGGGGAUCUCUUGAAGGAAAAACCAUGGUUCAUGAACCAUCUCUCGCAUCUGUGGCUCACCAGAUUCUCUCUGGCCUCUCUUACCUUCACCGCCGCAAGAUUGUUCAUCGAGACAUAAAACCCUCAAAUCUCUUGAUCAACGCAAGAAAGCAAGUCAAGAUCGCAGAUUUUGGGGUGAGUCGGAUUCUUGCCCAGACCAUGGAUCCAUGUAAUUCAUCGGUUGGGACUAUCGCUUACAUGAGCCCUGAAAGAAUCAACACAGAUCUAAACCAUGGCGUUUAUGAUGGAUACGCUGGUGAUAUUUGGAGUUUUGGGGUCAGCAUCUUAGAGUUCUACUUGGGUAGGUUUCCAUUUAACGUGGGUCGACAAGGAGAUUGGGCGAGCUUGAUGGUUGCAAUUUGUAUAUCACAGCCACCUGAGGCACCGAUUACGGCUUCGAGAGAGUUCAGAGAAUUUAUCUCUUGUUGUUUGCAGAGAGAGCCGGCCAGGAGAUGGACUGCUGCUCAAUUGCUGUUUCACCCCUUCAUUACUCGGAACAAUAAUGGAUUCAACGACAAUAGUAUUGGUGGGAUCAGCCAGAAUCAGGUGCAUCAGCAUCAUCUUCUACCCCCACUUCAACAUCAAUCCUCUUCUUCCUCUUCCCAUGGCUGAUUUUUAAUCCAAUUUUUAGAAUUUUGUGGCAUGGAUUGGGCUGCUUCAAAUUUUGGAAAAAAAUGGAGAGAUGGGUCAGUUCCUUCAAUUUUUAAUCAA